UACAUCUGUACAUCUAGUUGCCUGGCAAUUUGUUUGUCAACAAAUAAUAAGAAAACACAUUUCCAAAUAUACAAAAAAUAAGUCUGUAUCGCCAACACACGUUUGAAUGUACUUGGAGCAUCAUUAUAUAGUAUAUUUCAUCUAGUUAUAUAUAUAGUCUCUCUAGCGCCAUGGCUGAUGACGAUGAUAAACCAAAGAAGCAUACGAUCGACUCGCUCUUUCGCAUUUACUGCAAUCAUAAGGUGAUUGGGUCGGACCUAGAAAACCAGGAAUUUCAUAGUAUUCUGCUCUCGCAACUUGACUGCUGGCUGGAGCAGGCCAAGCUGAUGCCUGUGCCCAUUACGCGCACACAAACCGGGCUAAUCUAUAUGCGCUAUAAAAAGUGGCGUCUGGAAUAUGAAGAUUUUCUUGAGGUGCUGCAAAUACUCUGCUCGGAAUCCGAUUUGAACUAUGAGGAAAUGAAAGAAACUCUCGUCUUGGCCGGCGCACCGACUGGCGCUACGGAAAUCGUUGUAGUCAAAUAAAAAUUUUAAUUAUGUGGUGAAAAGAACGAUGAAACAAUAUAUUAAUUGGUAACAAUUACAA